ACAAAACCAAACAUCCUUAGUUGAUUCAACAAUAAACAUAGUGAAACGAGAUGAAAUUGCAUACGCAAAACGACUCAACCUAAUUGAAAGUCAAAUGAAUGCAAUAAUACAAGAUAAAUAUCACUGGUACAUCACGCUGACAUCACAACUUACGUUGCUCGCUGCUAAUUUACAACGAAUGCAGAAUGAAAUCAUCAAGGUGUUAACAGACGUGCGCCACAACACUAUUAGUCCACUUCUAUUAUCACCACGACAACUAAAGGAGCAAUGUAAUCAAAUAAGGGAUCAUUUGAAGCCUGAUCAAAUGCUACCUAUUAGCCAAGAAAACAUACUCAUGGCAUACAAACUGAUGCAAGCUGAAGGCACCAUAGUAGAUAAUCAUGUGAUUAUAAAAAUAACAGUACCAUUAAUAUCGGCACAGGUAUUGGACAUAUACAAAUUAAUACCGAUCCCAGCUGCAAAUAUAUAUGGAUUUCAUCUGUUCAAAAUUAAAACACCAUUCAUUGCAAUUAACAACUAUCGAGAUAAGUUUGUUGAUAUGACGACGGAAGACAUAGCAAAUUGUCGUCCAAGAUCGAUAAAUGAUUUCAUUUGUCACAGCAAGCAAUCAAUGUUCUCUACAGAAAUGAGCUGCGAAAUGCAACUAUUCCAUAAUAAAACAGACACUUCAUGUCAUCUGGAAAUCACAAAUAAAACGUUCAUUUGGCAAGAGAUGCAUAAAAGGAAUCAAUGGAUUUUUGCGACAAGGACGCCAAUAAAACUCUCAGCUGUUUGCACCGAUGGAACAUCAGAUAUCUGGUUACGCAACACGGGGCUACUGACAGCAAAAGCAGGAUGCACCAUACGCAACUCCCUAAUAACAGUAAUCAGUCAAACUGGUAUAAAAACAUCGACGUUCACCUCAUACGCCCGUUUUGGAGAAAUCGAUGGUAACAAUACAACGGUUAAAAGACAAAAUAUUACCUCCAGGAAAACAAAUAAAUUUGGUUAUACCGAACUACUGGAUCUUCAACGGGAUCUCGUACUAAACCGAAGACUCAGACUACCACAUAGACUUGAGACGAUCAAGCAUCACCACAUCGCAAUGUACAUCGGCCUAACAUUCAUCAUAUUAAUAUUGACCAUUCACUGGGUAAGAAAAUGUUACAAGAGAGACAACCGACCACAUCAAGUCCAGAUACCAGCGGUGGCAAUGAGGAAAACUGAUACGACUUCGAGUCCGCCGUUCACCAUUAAUAUCGAUGAUUGUUGAAACUGCGUUCAACGGCCGGGAGGAUGUACGAUUUCGAGACAAGCAAAAUCGUACGCUGCAGAUAGAUAACAGGUAGUCCUAUACAAACAGGCACCGCUGCGUAUUUACGACUUCACACCAUCUGUCAGCACGCAUGAUUUGACCUGCAUGCGUCAUAAUCUUAAGCGAUAUAAGAUAAGGUUAUCCUACUUUACAACUGUUCAGACUAUUAAACUAUGAGAUAACUAUUGAUUAUCAGGCUACCCACUGUAAACCAUAAACAGAUAAGAAUUUGACCUAA